UCCGGUGUGCAGGCGGCGGCCCUGCGAGCAGCGAUGCAGGCAGCGGCGGGAGCUCCGCGGCCGGGCCUGGCGGCCGGGAAGGGCGACAGGAGGAGGAAGAAGAAAAAAGUGAUGAAGAAAACAAAGAAAACAGCUAAGUCUCUCCGGCCGCCCGCGAAGGCGGCGGCAACUGAGCGGGCGGCCGCUGAGCAGGCGGCGGAGGAGGCGGCCCGCCGCAGGCGGCACCUGCAGGCGCUUUCCCGAACGACGGAGGCCGAGCAGGAGCUGGAGGAGCUGCUGUUCGGCGACAGCCUCAACGUGGAGGAAGAUGAGCUGCUGCAGCGCCUCGUCGUCCCUCAGCGGCUUAGUGCUACGGAGAGGAAAAGUGUCCAGAAAGAGUCAAGUGAUUCGGAAGUAGAAAAUGAAGCAAAAGGUAAAUUAUUGUCUAAAAAGCCAGCCUGGGUGGAUGAAGAUGAUGAAGCUGAAGAACAGGUUGAUAUGACCCAUAGGUAUAGGAAAGAUUUUAUGAAAAGUGAUGCUGAGAAGACACUUACUAAGAAAAAGCUGAAAAGAAGACUUGAAGAGCAAUUUCAGCGAGCCAUGGGAGGAGUUCCUGCCUGGGCUGAUUUAGAAAACAGGAAGAAAUCCAAAAGGACUUCAAGUGAUAGUGACAGUGAUGAAGAUGAUGAUCUGCUGUGCAGGACUGGCAAUUUCGUAGUGAACUCAGAGUCCCUGCCAAGAGGCAUUUUGAAGAUGAGGACCUGCUUGCCUGCUAAUCAGGAGCGUUUUGCGGACGGAAAGCUGGCCACUGUGCAGUUUCAUCCAUCUGCUCAAGUUGUCAUGACUGCUGGCCACGAUCGAUCUGUGUCACUCUUUCAGGUUGAUGGUAUAAGGAAUCCAAAAAUACAGAGCAUCUAUUUAGAGAGUUUUCCAAUUUAUAAGGCUUGUUUCAGUGUUGAUGGAGAACAAGUUAUAGCCACUGGUACUCAUCAUAAAAUGUUCUUUGUGUAUGACAUGAUGAGUGGAAGUAUUGUUCCUAUACAGAGAGUAAGAGGUGUGGAGGAAAGAUUUCUCAGGAACUUUGAAAUCUCUCCAGAUGGAUCACUUAUGCUUCUAACUGGAACUUCAGGAUACUUUCACCUGUUAUCAAUGAAGACAAAGGAACUGAUUAGCAGUAUAAAGGUAAAUGGAAGAUGUGCUGCAUCCGCUUUCACUCCAGACAGCAGUAAAAUAUAUAGCUAUUCAAAGGAAGGUGAAGUUUUUGUUUGGGAUGUGAGAAGCAGAAAGUGUCUACACAAAUUUGAAGAUGAAGGUUCUUUGGAAGGAAAGUGCAUUGCUGUUUCAAAAAACAACCAAUAUGUGGCAUGUGGUUCAUCUUCUGGAGUUGUAAAUUUAUAUACAACUGAUGUCUGUCUCAAAGAAACCCAUCCAAAACCAGUUAAAGCCAUAAUGAAUCUAGUUACAUCUGCUACGUGCGUGACCUUCAAUCCCACCACGGAAAUUUUGGCAGUGGCUUCCCGUGAAACUGAUGAAGCUGUCAAAUUGGUACAUAUUCCUUCAUAUACUGUGUUCUCAAACUUCCCAGUGUUCAGAAGAAAACAGAUCUAUCUUGCUCAAUCUAUGGACUUUUCUCCCAGAAGUGGCUUUUUCUCUGUAGCAAAUAACAAAGGAAAAGCUUUGUUAUUUAGGCUGAAACAUUAUUCAGAUUUUUAAAAGAUGAUAUGAGAGAAAAUGGACCAGUAACAGGUGUUGUAACCUGCAGAUACAAGUACACUGAGGAAAUCAAGCAAGUUUUACAAAAUUUUAUAUGGAAGUUCAAAAAUACUCCUGUAACAGCUGUUUUUUUACUGUUAUUCCAUAAUAAAUGCACCUGAUAUGUUUCCACACAA